GCUACCCCUCAAGAAUAAUAUAUAAUAGUCAGUCAACCGCGUUACCGAUUGAAACCAAGAUUUAGAUUUGAUAUGGAAGUGAUGAGCAUGAGCAUGAGUGUUGUGUACUGCGGUGUUGCGGUUGCGGCGGUGGUGGCGGUGGCGGUAUACGGGUGGAGAUUUCUGAACUGGGUUUGGUUCCGACCGAAGGCCAUGGAGAAGAGUCUUAGAGAACAAGGUUUGAACGGAAAUCCGUACAAGUUUUUGUUCGGAGACUUGAAGGAGAUGGUGCAGAUGUCACAGCAGGCCAAACUCAAACCAAUCAAACUAACCGACAGUAUUGUUCCACGUGUCAUGCCGUUUAACUAUGCAUCUGCAAAGACUUGUGGUAGCAUAUUCUUCACCUGGUUGGGGCCAAGACCUCUGGUGCACGUAACAGAACCUCCGUUAAUACGACAAAUAUUGGCUAAUUAUAAUCAGUUUCAAAAGCCAAGAGGAGGGAAUCCAUUAACAAAGAUGCUUGCAAGAGGACUUGCAGAUGCUGAUGCAGAUCAAUGGGUCAAACAUAGAAAGAUCAUCAACCCUGCAUUUCAUGUUGAGAAACUAAAGCAUAUGUUGCCAGCCUUUCACAUUAGUUGCAAUGAGAUGAUCAACAAAUGGGAAGGGAUAACAAAAGGAAAAUCUGGUGAAGUUGAUGUUUAUCCUCAUCUCCAAACAAUGACCAGUGAUGUUAUAUCGCGUACAGCAUUUGGUAGCAGUUAUGAGGAAGGAAGAAGGAUAUUUGAACUUCAAGUCGAACAAGCAAAGCUAGUUAUAAAAGCCGCACAAUCAAUGUAUAUUCCAGGAUCUCGAUUUUUGCCAACAAAAAGAAACACAAGGAUGAAGCAGAUUGACCGAGAAGUAAAGAGUUCGAUAAAGAAAAUAAUCCAUAAACGAUUAAAGGAAACCGGAGAAAGUACCAAACAAGAUUUGUUGGGCUUAUUGUUGGAUUCAAACAACAAAGAAAUCAAGCAACAAGGGAACAACAAAUUUGGACUUAGCAUUGAUGAAGUUAUUGAAGAGUGCAAACUUUUCUACUUUGCAGGACAAGAAACUACUGCAAAUUUGCUUGUUUGGACUAUGAUCUUGUUAAGUCAGCACACGAAUUGGCAAGAUCGAGCUAGAGACGAAGUUUUAAAACUGUUUGGAGAUAGAAAACCAGAUAUCGACGGGUUAAAUCAUUUAAAAACCAUCAAUAUGAUCUUGCACGAGGUACUUAGGUUAUACCCGCCUGGUGUAGCCCUAGGACGGAUGAUUCAUGAAGAAACUAAAGUAGGAAACUUAACGUUGCCAUCCGGGUCACAUCUUAUGUUGCACCUGAUGCUUUUACAUUACGACGCUGAUAUAUGGGGUGAUGAUGUGAACGAGUUCAACCCGGAAAGGUUUGCUGAAGGCGUGUCAAAGGCAACCAAGGGACAAGCUUCAUAUUUCCCAUUCGGAGGGGGGCCACGUAUAUGUAUUGGACAAACUUUUGCUUUGUUAGAAGCAAAACUCGCACUCGCUAUGAUUCUAAGACGUUUCUCCUUCGAGCUUUCACCAUCAUACGCGCAUGCUCCACAUACCAUUAUCACCUUACAACCUCAGUUUGGUGCUCAAUUGAUUUUGAGUGAGCUUUGAUGGUUACCAUGACCAAAACUAGCUGCGUAAAUGUGUUUCUUGUUUAAUUUGUGUUACUAUAUGAUGGGUUUAUUUGUAGUUUUAGCUACCUUAAAAAACUUAUAUUACUGUGUCAUAUAAAAUAUUUGUUAUUUAAAAUUUACAUACCUUAAAAAACUUA